AUGAAUACGACGCCUCCCAGAUCCAAACGAGUGGUUAUUCUGGUCGUAGCUGUGUGGCAAGUCCGAGCGCAACUGCUGUACUGCAAAGUGGACUCGUCUGGGCCCUGCGUCUCGGGUAUGUGCCCACUGCCGACAGAUCAGUGCAUCAACACCCAGUCCGGAGAAGUGUGUUGCAACAAAGGACCA